GAACGUUCUUCCAACAACUUGGACAAUGCCAUUAAGCAGCGGGGCGAAGUCGCACAUGUGGUAGAUAAAAUCCACAGACAGCUUAAAAACAGUCAUUUCAUCUUACUAAUGUCGUAGAAAUAAUCAAUGAAAUGUCUGGUCGCGAGAUUGUUACUCUUCAGUUUGGCCAUUACGCCAAUUUUACUGGAACUCAAAUGUGGAAUUUGCAGGAAGCUUCAUUUGUUUAUGAUCCCAAACAUCUUCUAUUGUUCCCAAAGGAAGUGAACCAUGACAUCCUUUUUAGGGAAGGACAGACACUUAAAGGAGAUGUGACUUUUACUCCAAGGUUAGUUCUUCUUGACCUCAAAGGCAGCCUGAAUACCCUUCCAAAGGGAGGAGUGCUGUACCAAGAGGGCAAAGAAGAGGACGUAAAAUGGUCAGGGGAUGUCACUCUUCACAAAUCAGUUCCCAGUUGCAAAAAUGAAUAUCUUCAACAUCUUGACAGUGUAGAGCAUGAAGAUGAGCAAAGAUCGGAGAGUAGCAGCAGUGUGAGUGUGCAUGAUACCAAAGAUACAGAGGAUGUGAAAAACUCAGGAAAGCUUGGGGAGAACUCUGAUGAAGUUUUUGGACACAAGUUUUUUGAUCUAGAUGACCAAGUGAAAGUGUGGUCUGACUUCUUGGGAACUCAUUUGCACCCAAGAUCAGUUCAACUAAUACAAAAUUAUAUUUUGGACUGCAUACCAUUGUUAGUGAAGAACAGCCAUUUGAUAUUUUUGGUCUUGGCAAGGGAGCAAUGUCUGGAGACCUGUUGGGAAGAGUGGGAAGACAAGGUCCGUUUUUUUGCGGAGGAAUGUGAUCAGCUUCAGGGUUUCCAUGUGCUGUUUGAUUCCUGCAAUGGUUUUGGUGGUGCAGCAGCAACUGCUCUUCACUAUCUCAAGGAUGAGUUCCCCAGCAAAUCUCUGCUGACUCUCUCACUUGCUCCUGCCAUUACUCCAGACCAAACUGCUUUACAGAGGGCUACACGCAUCAUCAACAACACCUUGAGUUUGGGUACAUGUGCUCCUUUAAGUUCCUUGUACAUUCCAUUGUCGUUGUCCUCAUCCUUGUGGAGGAACCUGGGUGCCCCACGUGGUUUUCCUCUCUUACAUUACAAUGCAGAACUAAACUAUCACACCAGUGCAGUUUUGGCAUCAGCAUUUGACACAAUGACCUUGCCCUACAGAAGAGAGAGCAGUCAGAUGAAUAUGGCAGAUCUCACUGCAUCCUUUUCAUUUUGUGGCAGAAAGGUGGCAGCACUUAACACUAGUUUACCAUUUCCUCUGGCUGAGUCCGAGACCUUCGCUGACAUAAUGAUAAAUUAUGAAAAACACUCCUUGUGGCAUGCUUUGACUCCAAGUGUGACCUGUCAGAUUGACCCUAUCGUCCAUUCAUGUGUUGUUCGCGGCAUCCCCUCAGACAGGAUCCACCGGGAGAAUCAGCAUACAGCCCCACGGUUUAUCUCCACCUUUGGGUCUGUUGAGGAUGUCCUUAAUCUCUUCCUAUCAAAUACCUUUCCAAACAGCCUAAAUGAAGGGUCAGUUCUCAGAGAUCCCUUAAUUGUCAAAAGACCUUUUCCCCACAUAUUUGACCAAAGAGUAACACAAACAGGGUUUGUGAGUGAUACCCGAAGACAUCCAAAAUGUGGGGUAGAGUCAGUUCCCAUGAUGACAUCAUUGCAGUCUAGUUCAGAUGGGAAUUAUGUCAGUAGCUUACACAUGGAAGCUGCUCGCUUUCACAUUAAAAAGCUUCAUCAUUUUCUAGAAGCAGGACUGGAAGAGGAGGAGUAUUUAGAAACUUUGCAGAGUGUGCACGAACUAGCAGAUUGCUAUAAUAUAGCUCAUGGAAAUGACUGAUAGUGGAGUGAUCUUACUAAGACUUCUAGUGAGCAUAAGAACGAUGAUCAGUAUCAGUGGAUUCAUGUGACCUACAAUAUGUACAACAUACUAUCGAUAGUUUGAUUUGUUUCAAGAUGCAAGGCUUCACAUCAGCUAACUGUGAUAGUUGUAUUUCAAAUUUCAAUUAGAAUGUUUGGAAAGUUUAUCAGUCACCCCACCCCAUGAACAUCUAACAUCAGUGAGUGAAUGAUUUCCUUUAAAAGGUCUAGUGGGGGUUGCAUUCUUUUCUAAUGAUUGGUAAAGCUCAGUGCAAGUGCUCAGUGAAUACUUCCCUUUCUGUUCACCUGAUACACUCCUACAAACAUCCUGCAUGUAUUUUCACAUAAUUUGGAAAAGAGUGUUGUAGAGAGCUUUAAACAGUCAUUAACAAAAAUUGUAACUUUCUAGACCUGUAAAUGGAGUGAAUGAGUUCUUUAAAGGGUUAGCCUUCAUUAUUUCAAAAGAAUCAUUUGUAAAAUAAAAAAUGAUUACCAUUA